AUGGAGAAAAGAGAAUUCUUGGAUAUGUGGAAAGAAAUUCCUGAGCAAAACGAGCAGCAGUUUACAAUUCAGAACACUCAAAAUCUAACAGCAGACGCGAUUUGUGCCAAGCUUCAGCAGAAUAAUGUGAUGACAGUAGCGAGACGUAGUGUUGAAGGGCAAGAGCUUCUCUAUCACUCGAUAAAAUACACAAAUAACAUUUUUGUGCUUAGCGAACUGAAGAUUCAUCAAGCAUCCACGGCACUUACCCUGUCGUUGAAGUCACGUCAUGUCCCAGCAGUUGCGAACAUGAAUGAGAUGUUCCAGCUUAUUCUCAGCAAUUAG